AUAGUAUUUACAUAUAAAAUUAUUAACGGUAGCGUGAAAGCUUGAACAAUUACCAUCCAGUGAUGGUAGCCGUUAGUUAAUCAAUACGAUGAGCGAGAUGUACUCCAUCGUAGGAGACCGAUGUCAAUUGUUAAGGUUGUCGCGGGGCCACCGACGCUUCAGUCUUCUGUUGGGAUUAUUAGAGGACGAUGCGGGUGUGAGUUGAGGAGAUGGGGCGAUGAGGAAGGUAAGGAGAAAAGUGGGUGCGACUCGCGAUGCCGCCUAGCUGGGCGCUCAUCCCGACUCUGCUGCUCUGCUUAGCGGGUGUACCCGGCCACAAGUACAGCACCCGUGUCGUCCGGACCAAGUACGGCCCCUUGAGGGGGCUCCUCAUUCAACACCCUCCGGUCGAGGUGUUCCUCGGUGUACCUUAUGCGACCCCGCCCCUCGGCUCACUGAGAUACAUGCCGCCUGUCACGCCUUCCAUGUGGCGAAGUCCUCGACUAGCCGACUCCUUUUCGCCCGUCUGCCCUCAGAGGGAACCGUACAUCGGCAACCGGACCGAGGCCCUUCUCGAACUUCCCAGGGGCAGACUCACCUACCUCGAAAAACUCCUCCCGCUUCUCGUCAACCAAAGCGAAGACUGCCUCUACUUGAAUAUUUACGUACCUAGAGGAGCCGGAGGAGUUGAACACCACGGGUUGCCAAUAAUCUUGUACGUUCAUGGGGAAUCUUACGAAUGGAAUUCUGGCAAUCCGUACGACGGCAGCGUGCUGGCGAGCUACGGUCAUCUCAUAGUCGUGACGAUUAACUUUCGCCUCGGCAUCCUAGGGUUUUUGAAGACGGGGGCUCGUGGCAGCGUUCAGGGCAACUUCGGGCUCAUGGACCUCGUCGCUGGCCUGCACUGGUUGAGAGAAAACAUGCCGGCUUUCGGCGGCGAUCCGGACCGCAUCACGAUGAUGGGCCACGGAACGGGAGCAGCUCUUACCAACUUCAUCGCAGUCUCUCCUGUUGCUAAAGAGUUGCUUCACCGAGUGAUUAUGUUCAGCGGGUCCGGUUUGAGUCCAUGGGCGCUGCAGAAAGAUCCGCUGGCGGUGAAGAGGAGAGUGGCAGAACAGACCGGCUGCCACGGCGACCUCGUCGAAGACGACCUGGCACCUUGUCUUCGGUCCAAGCCGCUCAAAGAUCUGCUGGCAGUCCGCCUAGACCCACCAAGGUUUCUCCCAGGAUUCGCCCCCUUCGUGGACGGAGCGGUUCUUUCUUCCACGCUUUCCUCCACGGUGCCAGAGACUGGCCUGUCUUCUCAAGAAAGGCACGGCCCCGGCUACCAGCUGUCCGAAUUCUCUGAUCGGGAUCUACUUUUUGGCCUGACGACGACCGAGUCGUACCUGGACCUGAGCGCCCAGGAUCUCGAAUACGGUUUCAACGAGACGCGCCGCGACCGCAUCCUCAGGACGUACGUGCGCAACUCGUACUACUUCCACCUCAACGAAAUAUUCUCAACUUUGAAAAACGAGUACACGGACUGGGACCGACCCGUCCAGAAUCCUCUUAACUUUCGCGAUUCGACUUUGGAAGUGCUAAGUGACGGACACACAGUGGCUCCUCUCAUAAAACUCGGUUACCUCCACGCCGUCAAUGGUGGUCGCACGUACUUCGUUCAUUUCCAUCACCAGUCCAGCGAACGAGACUUUCCUCAGAGGAUGGGUAGCGUGCGAGGGGAGGACGUGCCUUAUGUAAUGGGACUCCCUUUGGUGGGUGGCCAACCAUUCUUCCCUCACAACUACACCAACCAGGACAUCGGAGUCUCAAAGCAGCUCAUUCAUUACUUAGCCAACUUUGCCAGGAAAGGUGAUCCCAACGGGCCUAACCAGAGCCACAUGGACGGCGACCAUGAACUACCGUUUUGGGACACGUACGACUCGAUCAACCAGCUGUACCUGCAAUUAGGGGCGAAGCCGGAAGUGAAGAACCACUACCGGGGCCACAAGAUGUCCCUCUGGCUCAACUUAAUUCCUCAGUUGCACCAACCGGGCUUGGAGGAACUUAGCAUGAGACACCACCACUUCCAGGAAGAAGGCGCACAGUAUUACGACGGUUCGGUGCGGCCGCAAUCGUUGCAAAGGCCCGUGGUUGCGACGCCGCCGACAACGACGAGCACGACGUCGACGACAACAGAAGCGCCCACGAGCAGCACGUUGGUAGUCGUUGCUGAUGGCAGCUCGACUGAAUGCCCGCCGAACGCGACGACCGGACCCGCAGCCCGCCCUGCCACCAACAGCAACUCCCUCCUCCGAAAACUGGCCUCCAGCCACUACCAGAGCUACACGACCGCCUUGACCGUCACCAUUGCCGUCGGAUGUUUCCUCCUGCUCCUCAACAUCCUCAUAUUCGCCGGCAUCUACCACCAGCGUGACAGGCGGGACAGCACUAAGCGAAAGCGGAAGAAGGAAGAGCUCGCGGAAGGAAACAGCUGCAGCAGCAGCUCCGAAGCCGAGGGGAAGCAGGCCCUCGCCGAAAGCAUAGUCCAGCAGCACAUGGUCGAACUGCAAGAAUUCAAGUGUUCGCCUCCUUCCGGCUCCCGAGGCCUAAACUGCGUCUCCGUCUACCCUCCGGGGUACCAAGAAGAAUCGGUCCUCAGCCCCUCCAUACCUGAACCUCCGCCGCCCCCGAAAGCUCAGCCGCCGCUUUCCAUCAACCAAUCCGGGAUCCUAAGGCAGCAGUUGCCGCAAACUCCCAGCUCCAUGAAGAAACGAGUCCAAAUUCAAGAAAUAUCUGUGUAAAAACAUGUGUGUUAGGUCGGCGAGAAAGCAAUCUCACUUUUAAUGUCAUUUACUGUUAAAUAAAAACCAGAGUAUAACUCUGUUGAAUGUACGCUUCACUGUUUUUACUAUACUUUCCUUUCUUGUCGGUAUUUUCGUGUAAAUAAAUGUUAUUCUUAAAUACAAGUUUUAAUGAAAAUAAUCCAAAAUUUUGAAAUAAUAUAUUGGAUUAAAAAACUAAAAAGUGUUGGAUAAUAUGAGAUCAUAAGAUCUUCCAUAUAUCGUAAUGGCUCAAAAUAUCCUUUUGCAUACAAGAGCUUAAAUCAAGAUUCACGAUAAAGAACAAGAAAUUUUGGAUUUAUAUCAACAUGCAUGGCCGAAUUAAGGCAUAUAAUGUUAAACUGUUUAACAGUUAUAUAGAGUUUUAUUUGGGGUAGAAGAAAAGAACAUUAAAUAGAUUUUUUAAUACCUACAUUGUUCUUCUUUUUGUUUUAAAAAAGAAGUGUUUAUGGCGAAAAGAAUGCCGUGAAAAAUUUUUGAAUUUUACAAGUAUGAAAUAAAUCGUUUAAUCUAUGAGAAUGUUAUAUCAAAGGAUUAUUCCCUUCAAAAGGUGAAUUUUGACGGUAAAUAACUUAAAGGUGAAAACUUGCUUUCUUACCUGUCUAUAUAUAAAUCGUGAAUUUCUCCCUAAAUUUAAAAACACAACUCCUGACUACCAAUCAAUUUUAGUCAUUUUUUUGCAACGGAAUUGAUUUUAAACUUUAUUAUAGGUAAUACAGGUUAUAUAGUACAAUUUGUAAUCAAAAUUUAAAUUUAAAUUAACAAUGAAAGCUUGGUUAUCUAGAUUUAUACUUAACUGGACAAACAAUAUUUAUGUGUUAAUAAAUCGUUCAAUAUAAAUGUAUAAAUUAUGGUUACGUGCCAACUUCGUGUAAUGCAUGUAAUGUAACGUGCAUUUGGUGUUCAGUUCUGUUGUUUGCGUUCACCACGAACACAAUGUGCGCGUAAGUGAAGGAAAUAAUUGCGUUUUGAAAGGAAAAAGGGCUGAAGAUAUGUUGACCUGGACCAAAUCAAAAUCGAAGCACGUAACAUUGCUCAGAGCUACCAGCCGCUCAAAGUCCUUAUAAGAAAAUUAUAAUAAUAACAAGGAUAAUAACGAGGCGUGGCCAUCUUAAACAUGUGAAUGUGUCAAGUGUGUUCAUUGUCUUCGUUCACAGACAAUUACAAUAAAAACAAUUAUAUUUAAAAGUGUUGAUU